UCUAUAAAUAGUACCAAGCUAUCACUAAACCUUCACACUUCACAGAGUAGUAUAGUUAAGCUAAGAGAGAGAAAAUGGUGUUGAUUGAUAAACUUUGGGAUGAUGUUAUGGCUGGUCCCAGCCCUGAUAAAGGACUCGGCAAACUCAGAAAGAGCCUCACUAUUCAAACUGGUGGUGAAUCAGGAGAAGGAUCUAGCAAGUACCAGAGAUCUCUGUCGAUGCCGGCAAGUCCGCCGACGCCAGGUACGCCGGUGACGCCGACGAAUAUAUCGCCGACGGUACGGAAAGAGAAUGUAUGGAGGAGUGUUUUUCACCCAGGGAGCAAUUUAGCUACCAGGAGAAUUGGUGCUGAAGUGUUUGAUAAGCCUUCUCACCCUAACGCUCCUACUGUUUAUGACUGGCUCUACAGUGGGAACACCAGAUCUAAGCAUCAUGAGAAGUGCUGAGAGUUUUUGGGUGAAAAAAGCAGUUGAAAAUCUUCAUGUAAAUAGUGUUUUUUCCUAUGCGAGUUGGGGACUUGCUAUCUAUAUUUGUGAUUAUAUGUUUUUUCUGUUGGGUAUUACGUUAUAAUUAAGUAGUACUAUAUUGUAAAUUACGCUUUCAAAAGCUAAUUUCUUAGCUUUAAUGGCAGGCCAUCUAUGGCUUUCUAGUUCCAAAUGAAGUUGCUACUAUUACUAUACUGUUUUGAUGGUUGUUUUGCUUUAUUAAAUAUCUGAAAUGAAUAUGUUAAUGUUUUGUUUGUUA